ACUGCUUGUGACCGAAAAGGAUUCAAAUAAAGUGGAAUGAGUUUGGGUUUUUCAUUCAUUCAGACCAUUUUAUGAGUUGGAACCAGACGGACUGAGGGCAGUAAAAUUUUCUUGAAUGACAUUGGAUUACUUUGUUUCGGAAUAGGACUGUUUUUAUUUUCAGGGUCGCUCUUGACCCGAGCGCUUGCUUUUGCGCUUCCCUGCACCGCCAUCGUCGCUGGUCUGCGCAGCUCGUGUUGCAGGAGCGAGACAGAGCCGGUGAACAGAUGGCAGCUCUGACGAUACAACGGACUGACAACUUUCUGCACACCUUUUUACAGGACCGGACCCCCAGCUCGUCCCCAGAGGGAGCUCCCAACACCCUGUCCUUCUUGGCCACCACCUGUAGCCAGGCCUGGCAGGAUGGUUCCCAGUUUCCCUAUGAGGGGUCCAUGAGGGUGGGCGCAGCCUCCGGGAUGUUCCAACUGUGGAGCAACGAGGUGGCGGUGGCCCCUAGUUCUAGUCUCAGUGCCUCCAGCCUCACUGCAGCUGCCCACCAGGCCAUGACGUUAACGGUGCCCAAGGUCCAGUUCCCUGUUGGACAUGGACACAGUCUGCAGGCUGGCCUGGGUCCUCACCCCCACCCCCACGCGCUCCACCAUUACCACCACCAUCACCACCACCACCACGAGCUGCCCCUGACUCCGCCGGCCGAGCCUCCGUCCGCGUACUCCUUCGAGCUCUCUCCAGUCAAGGUCCUCUCGUCCCAGAGCCAGGGCCCCAAUGGGCCGCCCUACUACCCUCAACACAACACAGUCUCUGUGGGACAGAACUUCCCCAGCUUCCUCCAGAACUCUGUCUCUUCUGCCAGGCACCAUCUAUCCGGAGGACACCACCACGUGGGGGAGGAGGGCCAGCAGGGGUGGUGGAGCCUCCCCCAGACCACUGGCCACAGCAGCUCCUCCAACCACCCCCAUGCCUUCUCCCUGGGCCGGCAGCUGGUCCUGGGUCAACAGCCCCAAAUCACAACCCUCCUCCAGGGCACCUCCAAGGGCCUGUUAUCCUCCACUCGCCGCUGCCGUCGCUGCAAGUGCCCCAACUGCCAGGCCAACGGCAGGGGACUCGAGUUUGGCAAAAAGAGACUGCACAUCUGCCACAUCCCAGAGUGCGGCAAGGUGUACAAGAAGACGUCUCACCUGAAGGCUCACCUGCGCUGGCAUGCCGGGGAGAGGCCGUUCAUCUGCAACUGGCUGUUCUGCGGGAAGAGCUUCACGCGCUCCGACGAGCUACAGCGCCACCUCAGAACACACACCGGGGAGAAGAGGUUCGGAUGCCAGCAGUGUGGAAAGAGGUUCAUGAGGAGCGACCAUCUCUCCAAACACGUCAAGACUCACCAGAGUAGGAAGAGCCGGUCCGGUGGGAACACGUCAGACUCUCUAUUGGCCAAUAUCAAGAGAGAGUAAAGCAGACUAUGAGGGCCGCAUUAUAGAGUCAAGAGAUUGCAAUGUGUGACUGCACUGUAACUAACUGCCACAGACCCUGAGAUAGAGUGGAGCGAACCACGAGGACAGACACUCUAGCAUAUUCUGUUGUCGUGAGAGGUAUUUCAUAACAAGGGAAACCAAGUGCGUGGCGAGGUUUAGGAUUUAUAUAUGAAUACAGAGCAUUCACUGUGAUGGGCAUUUCUAGUUAUCACACAAAAUGAUUAGCAAGAUCAAAGGAACUCUUUCCUCUUAAUGAUGACAUGGUUCCAACAGUGAUCAUCUAUCAAAGUCCAAGGCAUUCAUUUGAUUUAUAUUUGAUUUGUAAUAUUAAAAUGUAAAUAAUUCAGCAAAUGUGUGUAAUAUGCAAAUAAUCAACUUUCUGCAUGUUUCACCUUUUAGAAUCUGGAAAUCUUUUUGUUAAUGAACUGUUAAUUACCUGAGGAGGAACAUGUAUCUGAAAUAAGUAUACCACACAUGGGUUGAUUUUAGAAAUGUCCUGUUUGGCCAAAUGUAUACAUUGAUCUGACGGUUGAUUGGCGGGGUCAGUGUGAUAAUGUUUUAUUAAUUAUUGUUGAAAUUGAUUAACGUUAUUUCAUUAUAAUGUGAAUUGCCAUUACUAUACUGUAGAUACAAACAAACAUUUGUAAGACUUUGUAAAUAAUGUAUAUAUUUAUU